CCAGUUGACCAUCAAGGCGAACACUCCCUCCCCGUAGGCGUCCACCCUGGAGAAGAAAUGGGAUUAGGCCUUUGCUUGGGGAGCCUGACAUGACAGGAGGACUGACGUAGCUGGGGUGUUGGCGAGGAUCAGUCCGCUAAUUUGCUUUCUCUGGCGGAGGAACCCGGCUCAGGUCACAGCCAUCCCAACCUAGUUCUGAAGAUAAGUUGUUGUGGUCACUUAGGACUUGACCAGCAUGUUGGGCCCUUUCCAGUUUUUGAACCACACAGAUCCAGGAAGGCUUGCUACUAGCCAAACCAAAGGGCCCCAUGAGGCUAAGCCAUCAGAAGUCAGGCAUCUGUCUGCUCACAGAUCUCGGAAAACUAACCAAGUGGCUUGUUUUGAUCCACCUCUUGAAGUGGUUCCCACCAGGAACCCAAUCAUGUACAACAGAAAGGCAGCUGACCCAGUCCACCCUGACCUGGCUGGUUUGUUGGUGAAAAACAAGAAUCUUUUAGCUGAGCUAAGAAAUCUUCACAACAAACUUUUCAUAAAAGAAACUUCACUGCGAGAGAUGAAGACUGAGCUAGAAAGUUACAAAGAAAAUAAUUUGCAACAGUCAUUCCAGAUAAAGUCCCUGAAAGAUAAUAUCAAGGAUUUACAGGAACUUAUUGCUUCUCUAACCAGAAUUAAGUCUUUGAAAAACACCAAUAUUCGGAGUCUUGAAAAAGGCAACUGCGAUCUAACUGAACAAAUUAUAGAACUAGAAAACCACUUAAGAGUACAUCUGGUGGAAAGAGAAAAGGCUGAGCAAAAAGCAGACCUUUUGGAGAAAAAGUUAUCAGGUGCUAGAAGAUUCACCUCUUUUAUGAACAUGAAAGGACAAGAAGAUUCCUUAGAUAUUUUCAUGAUGAAGGAAAACUCCAGGACUAAGAAUUCCCAAAUAGAUGAGCACAGCAAGAAGUUCAAAGAGCUAGAGAAAGACAACACACAACAAAUACUAUUAAAUAUUUGGCAGAAUUUGCAGAUUGCUACAACACCAAGAUUGGAAGAGAAAAUUCGGAAGCUUCAGAAACAGCUGAGUGAUUUGAAAUUGUCAAAUAAAAAUAUGAAAACUCAACUGACAAGAGUAAAUGUCCUUAAAGACAAAACAAUUGAAAAGCUCAGGCAAUCUAUAAGAAAAAUGGAAACAAUGAAAGAGAAGGCAGUUAUGAAAACAGACAACUUGAAAACUACAUUAGACUGUGCAGAGCAAGAGGCAAGAUCAGGCAAAGAGAGGGCCCAUGAAAUGCUAGACGCUAUCACUCCUAAACUCUCCACAGCAAAGAGAACACUUGAAGAAGUAUCAGGACAAGAACAAGAGCUUACUGACUUUCGAGAAACUAUAUUGAAGAUAUUGGGAUUUAACAUGAAAACAGCAGACAAGGAAAUCAUCAAUCAGCCAAAGCUUAUUAUACAUGUUUAUGAAAUAUCUAACGAAUCAAAGAUUGCUUCUGAUUACAGGAGCCGGGAGCACAACUACCAAACACAUUCUGUCCGUGGCCCCAUUCUUCAGCUGCAAGGCGCCUGUCUUCAGGAGUGGCAGGCUGAGCUCAGUCUCCUCCCACACCGCAACCCUACUCAGAGCCCUCGCCUGCAGUCCGACACACCUUAA